GACCCAGCGAGUGGGUCUAGCUCAUUCUCGUUUCGGCUCUCUAACAGCACACAUCUAUUUGGACGACUACCAAAAUUCUGGGACUGAAAAUCCUACUUCCGUAAUCAGGCUAAUCAUAAAAUGUGCAAUCCAGGAAUGUGUUCGAUGCCCGGCACUUGCUGCGGACCUACCGGCGGACUGGGACCCUGUUUGCUCUGCGGACCCUACAAUGGCCAGUGGUUCCGUUCGAUCAACCACUGCUGUGGUCCUUGUGGUCCCUACGGAUGCUGCUCGUGCUACGGGCCCUAUGGAGGACAUUGUUAGCCUGCUUAGAAGGAAUGUAGGGUUUCUUUAUCCGCGAUCUGGAACAGGAGCUUGAGGGAAUACAGCCAUAAGGAUAAUAUGAGGAUGCUGAAGAGAUGUCAGGCGAAGUGGAUCUAAAAAUUUGUGUUUGAUGAAAUCUGACUAGGAUAUAUUGUCUGUGGGAUGGAUUAAUGGAUGGAUGAAUGGAUGGACUCACAACUUUCCAUCAGCAAUAGGUGUUAAUAAACUAUACUAUAUUUCAAA